AUUUUAUUUAACGCAAAAAUGUUCUCCUUUUGUUUCCUUUUCCGAGAUAUUAUAUUAGUUUUUUAUUUCAAGUAAGAACAAGUAGGCUUAGGGUCUCAAUAUUUUUUACGGACUCUUGUGUUUCAUUUUUGCUUGAUUGCUAUUUGAUCUAAGGAUCUGGUGUUGAGGCUUAAGAGCAAUGAACUGGGUUCAACGUAAGAUCUACCUCUAUAAUGUCACUUUUGGUCUUUUCAUGUUGGAUUGGUGGGAACGUUGCCUUUUCAAUAUUCUGGUGAUCGUUUUGAUGUGGUUCAUUUUCUACAAUGGAUCGCGAUAUGUCACUGACUUUUGCAAGAGAAAAGGAAAAGCACUACCUGUGCAAGUCAUGGCCGGGGUUGUCAUCCUUACCAAGGAGACAACUGUCAAGCAACAACCAUAUAAAGCUUUAUCAGUCUCAGCUACCAAGGCUGCAGCUAUAUCAGCAACUUUUGCAGUGAAAUAUACUAAAAGCCUAUUCAAAUGGUUAAUUUCGAGUAAAUAUCUUGGUUGUUUGUUUCUGGAAAUGGUGUUGCGAUUAAGUACAUAUUUUACUUCUUUCUUUCAAAGCUUGAAUGAGUUGGCAUGUGGGAAUAACGAAAGAGACUUCCAGAUAUUUAUAACCUACUUCCAAUCUUCUACUUUGAUUCGUAAAUAAUCUUGUGCUGUUGUUUGGUUAAUUCUUCUGUAUUCCUUUGUGCCAUGGAAUGAAGACAUUCCGGAGAUGUGUUUUGGGCUGAUGUUAUCGCUCUUGAAUAAUUGGGGAAUAUAAUGUUACUAUUCAUUCAAAAUAUUCAAGCAGAAAUGCUGCUUCGUGUCCCUAAAUUGAUAAUUUUUUCUCAGAAAAAGAAAAUUACAGUCUAAUUGCUCUUCUUGA